AUGGAUUUAAAUGAUGAUUCAAGUACCGACGAAUAUUUUGUCACGGCCGUACAGAUUUUUGACUAUUGUGGUGUUAAUAGCACUGCGACUUUGCGAGUCGACUCGUUAAUGGACAAAUUUGCGCCAUUUAUCAAAACAAAUAAAUCAGAAUACAGUUAUUUGAGAUCACUCCUGGAUCCUGAAGAAAGUAACCCUGAAAUUACAGUUUCGACUCUGGCAAGAACAUUGAACAAAUACAGUGAAAGUCAAAAGAUAAAAGUUGACUUGGAAGAGAGCUUUAAUUUGAAAAGUGGCCAAGUCCCACAUGACUCUGAUUCUGGGAUCUCAACAGAUGGAUUCCAGUUGCUCGAGGAGUUGCAGUGCGAGCUGAAGGAAAAGGCGCACUUAGCUCAGCAGCUUCGCAGCCAGCUAGACUUCACCGACCGGCAGCACGAGGAGGCGCUGGCAACAGUGACCGCUGAGCGGGACUCGUUGCGGGCCCACUUGAACAUGUUAAGGGAGGAGAAUAUGACCCUGUCUCACGUGAGACGAGACUACGAGGAGGCAUACGACCGUCUUUGCUGCAGCGAGAGGGCACUAGACGACGUCAAGCGCGAUCUGGAGAUGAGCAAGAAACGCGCCAGGGUCCUUUCUGAACAGGUGGCUGUUCUGGAGACUGAGAAAUUGACUCUCCAGGAAUUGUUGAGGGAAUCGAAGGACGAGUGCCACCGUAUAAACGAAAUGUACGCAAACAGACAGUCGGUACUGCUUGAGGAAAAUGAGACCUUGAGGACGGAGCACGCCGACGUUUCCAGCCGCCUGCAAGACCAAGAGGAGUUUAUGCAAGAAAUGGCAUGGUCGAUA